GGAGAGAGAAGAGCCCAUCUCGCCCCGGCAAUUAAGUCGUCUAUCUGCCCGUCCAGGUUGUUCAGGUCGCUUCGUUCCCUGACGAAGACAAGAGAAGAGAAGUGCACCUGGUAUUGUUGCUUCACGAUUCAAAUCUUCAAACCGUCAACUUUUCGAAAGAGGAGGUCAAUUUCAAGUCCGAGCUAUUCUAUCAACACUCGCCAUCCUGAGCACCAUCAUCUGCCAUUUGAUCAGCCGGAAGAGAGAGAGAGAGAGUGUGUGUCAGCUGAGAUUCAUUCCUUCACGUUCUCGACAUCCGUCGAACAGGCUGUAGAAUGAGCGUCCACGAGGAAAUUCAGUAGCCAACCGGCGCUUUGCAGAAUGAAUAUUCAAGUCGCAGUAGAGGAAUCGUAACGUUAACCAACCAUCAUCACCGCCGUCGUCAAAUCAUGUAUGCGUCAAACAGCCUGGCGGACUUUCAGUCCAAUCCCGCGGAGAAGGAUAGAAAUAUCACGUACAAUCGGGUAGUGUCGAUAGGCAGAGAUUGCCGAACAGUGAAGGUUUUGCCGAUAGAACACGACUCGCAACACGACUGGCAUGAGAGUCCAAGCUCCUCCCCUCACAAGAGCGAGUCAGAACCUUUUAACCUUGCAUCAUGGUGGAAGCGCAGCAGUUCGACGUUCCUGGUGCGCCUGCUUCCCUGUAUUGUAUGGCUCAGGGCGUAUAAAUGGAAGGAAGAUUUGAAGGCCGAUGUUGUCGCAGGUAUAACAGUCGGUACGAUGCUCAUACCACAGUCAAUGUCUUACGCAAAACUGGCGGGUCUUCAUCCAAUAUAUGGACUCUAUUCUGGCUUCAUUCCUGUGAUAGCGUAUGCCUUUUUCGGGUCUUCACGACAACUGGCUGUUGGCUCUGUUGCAAUGGUAUCGCUACUGGUAUCUAACGGUAUCAUGCCUAUCGUCAGUUCUCAUACGUCCUCACCGGAAGAAGCUGCAAAGUUGUAUGUCGAGCUCGCAAUCCAUCUCGCAUUCUUGGUCGGUGUAAUCGAAUGCUUGAUGGGCUUGGUCAGGUUAGGCUGGCUAAUUCGCUUCAUCAGUCAUUCAGUCGUAUCUGGGUUUACUACUGGAUCCGCUAUCAUUAUUGGUCUCUCACAAGCCAAAAGUUUCCUUGGAUACGAAGUCUCUAACAGCUCUCAUCUUUCUACGAUCGUUAAAAGCAUCAUCGACGGAAUUGACCAGUUCAAAUGGCAACCAUUCGCGAUGGGCUCUGUUACGCUGGCUGUUCUCCUUGUGAUGAAACACAUGGGAAAGAACUACAAGCGAUUUAGACAUCUGCGCGCGGCAGGACCUCUUUCAGCAGUGGUUCUGGGAGUUGCAUUUGUGAAAGUGUUCAAACCUACCUCCAUCAGUGUGGUGGGAGAAAUCCCUCAAGGGUUCCCAGCAAUGUCUUUAAAGUUCGACUUCACGUACAGUUUGCAGCUGUUACCGCAUGCAGCUUUAGUCAGUGGAGUCGCAAUAUUGGAAUCUGUUGGCAUUGCAAAGGCUCUGGCAUCCAAGAACGGCUACGAGAUUGAUUCAAACCAAGAGCUCUUUGGACUUGGCAUAGCCAACCUCUUUGGAACGGCAUUUUCAGCAUAUCCCGUUACAGGUUCAUUUUCCAGGUCAGCCGUCAGCAAUGAUAGCGGAGCAAAGUCAGGCCUUUUUGGGGUUGUGGUGUUUCUUCUUGUUGGUGCAGCCCUUCUUUUCCUCACGCCAAUCUUUACAGAUAUACCCCAGUGCGGCUUGGCAGCUAUCGUCAUCUCUGCUGUCAUUGGUUUGGUGGAUUACGAUGAAGCCAUUUUCUUGUGGAGGGUCGACAAGAGAGAUCUUCUGUUGUGGAUGACAACAUUCGUAUUUACUCUCCUCAACGGCAUCGAGGUUGGAGUCCUCAUCGGGGUUGGCUUGUCCCUAGUGUUCGUCAUAUACGAGUCAGCCAACCCACAUACUGCUGUGUUGGGACGCCUACCAGGUACUACAGUUUAUCGAAAUACGCAGCAAUAUCCGGAGGCUCUCACUUACCAUGGAAUCGUGAUUAUGCGAAUCGACGCUCCAAUUUACUUCGCAAACACAACUGUUAUCAAAGACAGGCUUCGAAGUUGUGAGCACUACCGUGGUAAUAAUCCAAGCCGUGGAGCUGAACAAGAUCGAAUCUACUUCGUGAUCUUUGAGAUGUCUCCCGUGACCUACAUCGAUUCCAGCGCAGUACAUGCGAUCAAGGAGCUUUACCACGACUACACAGCACGGGGCAUUCAGCUUGCUAUUUGCAACCCCAAUCGGAAAGUAAUGUUGAGCCUUGCGAGAGGAGGGGUCCGAGAACUUAUAGGCCAUGAUUGGUACUUCGUCCGUGUACAUGAUGCGGUGCAGACCUGUAUGUCCAUUUUAGAAGCCAAGCCCUUAAAUCCAGCAAGUUCCGAUGUAGAAAGUCAAGCACAAACGGAGGAUAGCCAAGCGAGUAGUCAAUGGCUGGGUGAUUCUCAAAUUCAAGUUCCCUUACUGUUAAAUACAAGUGUGGAAGAGAGGUCUCGGGGGAACUAAGUACAGAAAAAAUUUUAUCACUCGUUUUUCGAUCCACACUAUGUAUACAAGCCAUUGACUCGUCUCUCUCCCAUUGUAAUAAAUGCAACGUCGAUUCAUCUACAUAUAAAUGUGGCCUCGCGCCAACCGAAGAUUCUCUGGAAUCAACCUACAGGCACGAAUGCCCUACAAUAGUGUAAGCCCUUGUCAAUCUUUUCCCGAAUCCAUUCUCUGCGGGCCGAGAAGGCAGUUUGCAUUGCAACAAAGCCUAGGUUAUGCCACAUCUUUCAACGUUUCUGAUUCAUUUGGCACAACC